AUGCAGCGGCGACGUAUUAGGCACCACUUGCGCUUUGUGGAUCGCUAUAUCGUCUUCGCGGUGUUUGGCGUCGUGGCGUACAUCCUCGUAAUCAAUCUCGUUGCCGAGUGUCUUGCCAUCGGCAUAAGGGAUCGCACCAAGACGGCGGUGUCAUCAAGGGAGGCAAGUCGUGUAAGUGGCGUGGUCCCCGAUGAGGUCUUCUGGCCGCACCGCUGGCCAGUUGCCCCUAUCGCUGAGGUGCACAUCAUAAAGGAAGCUAUGGAGUACGUCACUCAGUCGCUUACCAAGGCGAUUCCUUUCACAAUGCACUUACCCGAGGCACAGCUUGCUGUGUGGGACCUCAUGUUGCUUACCGGUGUCCGCACUGACUUGACCCCAGCUGUAAAGGACCUCAAGGCGGUGGCUAAAGCGGCGCUGAGCACCUCGACCGGUGCUGCGUCCUCUGAGACAUUUGUCGCCGUGCGUGAGGCACUCGAGAGUGCCGCAGUGGUGUGGUCGAUGAAGGGAAAGACCGCUGAGGCGGACGAGGUGCGGAAGGUGUUGAUGGAUAUAGCUGCAGUACCAACGCCGGCAGGGACUGCAGAUACUACCUCGUGGUCAGCGUUUGCCCGCGAGGUGUGGAGUCGUGUCACGGCCGGCGGUGCCUCGUCCACCCCUGACGGCAUCUUGGAGACAUACAACACUUUGCGGAACGCCAGUCAGUCAUACUGGCAUCCUGGCGAACAGGCUGCAGCAGUGCCGCCGUUGUAUAACUCGAAGCUUCUCCCGUUGCGGGCCGGCACUUACGACGCGGUAGUGCCUUUGGCGCGCCUCUUUCUGCAGUUGUGGGUGUUGGGUGGACAGCGGAAGGCAGACCAGCGUCUUGUGGAGACAUACGACGCGGCUGUUGCGUCGAUUCUACGGGAUUUGCUCUACACACGCACCGUCACCGCGGAGGCACAGGCAGUCAACUUCACGUUUGUAGGCUCUCGAGCAGAGCUGCUCGUGCCGGUAGCCACGCCACGCAUGUGCGCACUGGGAGGAGUGCUCGCUCAAGGCGUCCGCUACGGCGCCCAUCGCUACCCGGCGCGCCCAUCCACUGCGCAGUACAGCGAAAAUGAUGUCCUGCAAGCUGCUGAAGCGUUGACCACAUCGUGCUUCCAGCUGUAUGCCAACCCAGCCGGCCACAAGCUGCGCAGUGCCGUCUACGUCACCGACUCUGGCCGUGUGCCAGGCUACACACAUGCCGGCAACGGCGGAGGUACUGCGUCGCUGCGGUCCUCCUACUGCGACAUCCCCGCUGUGCUCCUCGAGUCUUUCUAUGAACUGUACCAGACAACGCAUGAUCCCAUGUACGGUCUGUGGGCAAUACUCGUGAUGCGGCAAGACACGUCUGACCAUUGUGGAUUACGCAAGACGGAUGUUACUUCUGCCACUCUGUGGCGGCGCCAUAUUCGCGAGCUGCGUAGCUUCUGGCUCCUGUUCCACCACAUGGAGUGCCUUGUGUACCGCCGCUCGCGAGGAUCGAGGGCCAUGUGCGAGCUGGCCACCACCACAAUGGUGUCGCCUGUCACUGGGCACAUCGUGCCAGUGCCAUACAUGUCAGCAACGUCGUAG